AUGGAGGUGAAGCGCAAGAUAAUGGAGGCUGAAAUGCAGAUGAAAGACCCAAAUCAUCAGCUGCUUGAGGAUUUGAUGGUUGCUACAUUUUCUCAGCGUAGGAAAGACAUUGUAGGAGACCAACCACACAUCACAGAGCUCAUCUCCCGAUGGCCUGCUCUGUUCCAUGAGAGACAGAUUAGGGCAGAAUUUACAAGAAUCGUCACUACAGACCUUCUGCAAUCCUUUCUUGAUGGACUUGAUGGCCUGGUUCUGAGACUGCUGGAGGUCUACAAAGCAGCAACCAAAUCUGAAAAGAAGCAGCCACUCAAAGACAUUUUGGACUGCCUUGCAAAAGAUGACACGAAUGAAAGGAGAAGGGUUGCUGCUCUGCUUGGUUUGCCACGCUACAUAUCUGGGGAAGAUCCAUCAACUGUCAUCAGGAUGUGUGAUGCUCAUGCUGAUAUUCUGGAUGAUGCCAUGAAGGGGAUGCAGGUUGGUCUCCUGAUUGCCUGUGAAGGUAGUGAACUGGGGGCCAUCCCACACGAGGUCUUCGACGUGGCAGUUGUGGUGGAGGAGACCAUUGUGCUUCACAACAUUAAAGAUGUGACACUUGGCUUUGCUAUGCUUAUGGGUGUCAUCUACUGUAUCAAUCUCAAGUAUCCAAAUGACAUGAAGUAUUCGUUUGAGUUUCUUCAGAGAGUGGUGAUGAAGAUCAGACCAGACCAGGCCUCAGCUCGAGUACAUGGUUUGAGAAACAAAAUCUUGAGGUACAAACUGUAACAUUUGGUAUGUUUACAGUUUUGUUUUCUUAAAUAAGAGUUCCUGUAAGAAUUUGUUCAGUUUGUUCUAUGCACUAAAUGUUACAAAGGGUAAAAACAAAAUUUUUACAAUAAAACAUUAGGUAAAGUUCUUAAUUGGUGCUUUUAAGUGCAUUUAUUUGAGAUGUAUAUAAAAAAAUAUAUUUCUGUUAUUUGUCAAAAGAUUAAUUUCUGUUUUGGUCCUUCAAUAAAUGUCAACACUUCUGAUUGUCUUGAACAAAUGUUUUCUUUUACACUUGAUUUAAGGCUUGUCUCUUUUUUUGAUAGAGAAAGAUAAAAAUAAAUGUAUAAUAUUUGAAAUG